AUGGUUGUGGCCGAGCUUCUGGAGCAUGGAGCUCCUCUACCGCUGAUACUUCUGUGUCUGCUGGCGGGCUUCAACCCUCGUCUGAGUCACACGCAGGAUUACGACUACUUGGAGGUGUUUGCAGGCGCAGGUCAAGUCAGUGAAAAGCUGAGACAGGAUGGCUUGACUGGUGCUGGACUGGAAAUUUUAUCAAAUCCAAUGCUUUUCGAUCUCACGAGUGAUGUUGGCUACGCUCUUGCGGUCAACGCUGUUCUUCGCCUGCGGCCCCGGGGCUUCAUGGUUGUGGCGCUGUGCUGUGACAGCUUCACUAUCAUGUGA